CUUUGCCGGAUUCGACGAGACGUCAGAAGACUGUCGAGUGGAGAACGAACCUAAUUGCCGCCGCAUGAAUGUUACGUGAGCCCGGCCGGGUUCCUGGAUGAUAGUCGCCUGCCCUGAGUGCGAUCUCCGCAACAACCUACCACCAGCGACUACACAGAAAAUAGAAAGAGAGAGAGAGAGAGAGAGAGAGAAGCCAACACCUCGCUCGAGUCUGAGUCUGGCCGCUGAAGCAUGUCGCAAGCUGUCGCAAUCGUCGGCGUGGCCUGCGAGAUUCCGAGCGGGAGCCAGGACGGCAAUCUCGACUUUGGUGCCUUUGGAGACUUCCUGGAGCGCGGCGGCUGCUCCAUCGACAAGAUCCCCGAUGCGCGCUUCCCGCUCGACGGGAACAAGGUUGGGCGCGGUCCGGGCCAGGCGUGGACGGACCGCGGCUCGAUCCUCGCAGGCUUUGACACGUUUGACCACCGCGCCUUUGGCAUCUCGACGGCCGAGGCGCGGCGCAUGACGCCGCAGACGCGCAAGCUCAUCGAAGUCACCUACCGCGCACUCCAGGACAGCAGCGUCGAGACGACGACGAUGGGCGUCUUUGUCGGCGGGUCCCAGGUGCGCCAGAAGCCGCUCCACGAGCCCGAGUUCUCGGCCGAUGCCCACCACCAGACGGGCCAGUGCGACUGCAUGCUCGCCAACCGGCUGAGCUUUGUCUUUGACGCACGCGGGCCCAGCUUCAACACCGACACGGCCUGCUCGGCCAGUGCGACGGCCAUGCACCUCGCCUGCGAAGCGCUGGCCCGCGGCGAGUGCGAGUCGGCCGUCGUUGCGUCUGCCAACCACCUGGCCACGGUCGAGGACCACAUUGGGUUCAGCCAGCUCACCGUGCUCUCGCCCGAUGGGCGCUGCAGCGCCCUGUCCGAAGACGCAAACGGCUAUGUCCGCGGCGAGGCCGUCGUCAGCAUCGUGCUCAAGCCGCUUGAUGCUGCACGCAGGGACGGCGACCGCAUCUACGGCACGAUCCUGGGCACCGCACUCAACUCCAAUGGCGCGACUGCGGCCGGCCUCACCUCGCCCUCGGAGGCCUCGCUGCGCGCAUGCGUGGCCAAGGCGUGGCGAUCAGCGGGGCUGGAGCCGUGCCAGGCCAGCUACGUCGAGAUGCAUGCCACGGGCACCACAGUCGGCGACCGCAUCGAGGGCGCCUCGCUCGACGUCUUUGGCGGCGCCUCGCAGUCGCGCGCCACGCCCCUCGUCGUGGGCUCCGUCAAGUCCAACGUGGGCCACACCGAGUUCUGCGCCUUUCUCGUCUCGCUCGUCAAGGCGCUUCACAUUCUCCGCCGCGGCAAGACGUUUCCACAGAUCUGUGCACAGAGGCCGAGCAAGUCGAUAGCCUGGGACCGUGUGCAGGCAAAGAUUGCGUCUGGCGAGCCGCUGGGUGCGUCUCCCUUGAUCGGCAUCACUGCCUCGGGCUUUGGCGGCUCCAACGCGCAUGUCGUCGUGGGUGGGCCAGAGGGGGCGGCGAUGGAGCGAAGGACACAUGGCAUUGCGGGUCGCACUCGCCAAAUGGCAGCGAGAAGAGACCCAGACGACAGAGAGCUGCAGCUGCAUCUGUUCGUCGUCAGCAGCCUCACCGAGGCGGCGACCUCGCAGCUCUGCCACCAGCUCGAGUCCUUCCAGCCGAGACACGGCUUCCGCGCAAUGGCGUCGACCCUCGCCAGGCGUGCGAGACAGAACCCCUGGGCGACGUACGCAGUGGGCCACAGCAUCGCCAGGGCCGCGAAGAGGGUCGGGCGACCGAUGCCCCGCGCUGAUGCACCGCUCGCCUUUCUCUUUCCUGGCCAGGGCCCACAGCACCUUCACAUGGGCCGAGCGCUGUACAGGCGGUUCAGCGCCUUUCGCGAGUCGGUGCUCCGCAGCGACAGAGUCUAUCGGGACGCCGUGGGCAGGAGUCUGAUCGAGGACGACGGUCUGUUUGGCGCGCAAAGGGGAGCGCUGUGGGAGAAUGACAGUCGGUGGUCCACACUGCACAUCCUCCCCGCCCUGACAGUCGUCCAGGUCGGCCUCGUCGAUCUGCUGCGCUCCCUGGGGCUGCGUCCACAGGCCAUGCUGGCGCACAGUGCCGGUGAGACAGCCAUGGCCUACGCCUGUGGCGCUUUUGGCGCUGGCGACGACGCGGCCUGGGCCACGGCAGCCGAGGUCGCCGUCCGGCUCAGCGUCAUCCGUGCCGGCCUCAUGGCCCAGACGGAAGCUGAGGGCGCGGGCAUGAUGGCCGUCGCCUGCUCCCCGCGACGGGCCUCCAAGCUCAUGCAUGCGCUGUCCCUGUCGCUGGACAUUGCCGCCAUCAACGGGCCAGAGGCUGUCACGCUCGCGGGCAAGCGCCACACCCUCGACUCGUUCCGUGCGCAGGCAGUCGCGCAAGACGUGCAGUGCACCAUGCUGAGGACCAACGUGGCGGCCCACAGCAGCUUCAUGGAGCCGCUGCGGGUGCGCCUCGUCGCGCAGAUCAAAGACCUCUUUACAGCGUACGGCCUCGACGAGGACGAGAUCCGGCCGCAAGCCGGCAUCGACGUCUUCUCGUCCACCGUGGGGGAAGGCGCCUUUCACGGGCCCUUUGACUGCGACUUUUGGUGGCGAAACACACGCAACGUGGUCCAGUUUGACGACUGCUGUCGCGCGCUCAACCGCUGCACGCCUGGCGCCGCCGUGCUCGAGCUGUCGCCCCACCCUGUUCUGGGCGCACUGCUGGAGCAGCAGGCAAGCACGUCCGCCUGCCUGCCUGCGCUUCGUCGGGCGAAGAGCACAAACGACGAAGAGGCGUGCCUCGAGACCGACAUGGUCGCCUUUCUCUCCAUGGUUGGCGAACUGCUCUGCCGCGGGCAGCGUGUCGACCUGGGUAGCCUCUUUGGUCACGAACUGCCGAUGGAGGACGGCCUGCCGAUUCACACGUUUGAGAAGACGCAGCUGCCGGUGCAGGUCUCCAAGGAUGCACUGGCCCAUUUGCGACGACGACGACGGCGUCUCUGCGCCGACUCGCCCGGCCUCGCUGUCUCGGCCGACCUCUUCCCUGACCUGGCCGAGCACACCGUCAACAGCGUGUCCUGCAUGCCUGCGGCUGGCUUCAUGGCCGCUGCGCUGGAGACGAUUCCCGGGUGCUGCGAGCUGCGCGACAUGCGCAUCCACGUAGCAAUGCCCAUCCCGGCCCCAGGCGAGGCGCCCUCGAGGCUGACGCUCGACAGGCCGCCUGGCAGCAACAGCCACUUUUCCCUCGUCUCACAGAGCGUGUCGGGGAUGGACAACUUUGUCGAGACGCGCCAUGUCGACGGCCGCUACUCGGUGCAAGGCGCGUCGCGCGGUGAGGCCGAGGACAUCAAGGCCAUGUACAGUCGCUGCCCAAAGGCAGUACCAGAGCACGAGUGGCUCCAGAUUCUCGACAGCCUCGUCCCCCAGCUCGGCUCCAACUUCAGGCGCAUCGACGGCGUGCAUGUGGGCGACGACGAGGCGAUUGCCAAGGUGCGGCUGCCCGAGGACCGAGGCUACCUCGUCGACCCGGCGCUCAUCGACGCCAUCCUGCACUUCUCCAUUGCGCCGUGCUGGUACCCGAUGACGGCACCUCCCAACGAGAUCUACCUUCCCAAGCGCUUGGUCCGCGCCAGGUUCGAUGUCGGCGCACGGCUGACCCCUGGCGACACGGCCUACGCCCACGUUCGCAUCCGCUCCUGGAGCCCAGAGAGCGUCGUGGCCGACUGCAAGCUCCUCGACGAGUCGGGCCACGUCGUCAUUGCGCUGGACCGGCUGCUGUACGAGCGCAACAGCUUUGCGCACCCGAGUCCGCCGGACGUCAGGCUGGCUUUGCACUGGCAGCCCGUGGGCCUCACUGCCGACCGGCCUCUGUGGGAGCAGGGAGAUCGCAUCCUGGAGCCUGUUGCUGGACACGCAGACGUGUUUCGUGCACUGGACACCAACUGCCUCUUCUACAUCGACCGUGCCGCCAAGGAGCUGCAGCAGCGGCAUGCGAGCGUGCCGCGGCAUCGUCAGCGCUACCAGGAGCACCUGCUGGCCAAGAGCAGGCGCGCACGGGCGGUGGUGGACAAGGUCGCCAUCCCCGCCUCGCACGCUGCACUGGGCGACGUCGUGGAGCGCGUCGGCCCGCACCUCGCCGCUGCCGCAGUCGACGAGCUCGUGGGCGUGCAGGAGCUGUUCAAGGACGACAUCAUGACGCCUGCGUACGAGCUGCUGGGACGCAUGGACCGCUCCUUUGACGACGCCGUCCAGUCCCUCUUUCGCGCAGCCCGCGCGGCACUCGCCUCGGGCAAGCGCACGAUCCGCGUCGUCGAGGCGGGUGCCGGCACUGGCCAGUUCUCGCGCGUAUACGGCGAGGCCUGGCUGCAGCGGCCAGACGCGCUAAGAAGCGUCGAGGCCGAGUUCGUCGUCACCGACAUCUCGCCCACCCUGUCGAAGCAGGCGCUGGCCGAGAUGCCGGCGUCGCUGGCUGCCAAGGCUGCUGUGCUGGACCUGUCCAACCCCUGCCCUGCCGAACUGGGCAGCUUCGACGUCGUCCUCAUGUGGGGCGUGCUCCACGUCGUCGCCGACUUGACAAGGGCGAUUGAGAAUGUGCGCUCGCUCCUCGUCCCCGGCGGCUAUCUCAUCGUCAUCGAUCUCGACAACGAGCAGAUGGCGCUGCAGAACCCAGGCGCAAUCACGAUGGACACGGUCAUGGGCGUCUUCAAGGACUGGUACGCCUACGACGACGGCCGCUCCCACUGCACCAUGCAGGACCACGAGUGGCGGGCGAGACUGCAGGCCGGCGGCAACUUCCACGAUGUCUCGUUUGCCAAGACGCGCUCGAGCUACAUGUCGCACAUUGUCAUCACUGCCCAGGCUGGGCCGGUACAGCCCGCGGCCAUCCAACAGGCUUGGCAGCCCACGCAGGGCGACGAGGCGCGCUUCCACUUCAGGCAGGGCGACGAGGCGCAGCUGGCGCAGUGGAUCGCAGAGCACCACGACGAGCAGCAGCAGCAGCCCCACCUCGUCGUCGUUGCUGCCGCGGACGACUGCCCUGCCGUGUGGGGACUAACGCGCUCGGGCCGCGUCGAGCACCCGCACCUGCACAUCACCGCCGUCAUGGUCGAGGCAGGUGUGGAGGACGUGCCAUCUGCCAUCGACGACGCCCUCCGUCUCGCUCCCCUCGAGCCAGAGCUGCUCGUGGCGAGUGGCGGCAGCGUCCAAGUCCGUCGCUUGGUCUCCAUCGACGGCCCCCAGCCCUGGUUGCUGGGCAGCUCCGCCGUCGAUGUCGUCAGUGUGGGCGACAAGGGCGAGCACCAGGCGACGUUCAGCUGCGCUCGCCACCAAGCCAGCCAGGGCAACGCCCUGGUUCACGUCGUGCAAUCGGUGCGCCUCGGCGCUUGGACGCUGGCUACAGGCCACCACGGGGGCAAGCACGUCUUUGGCAUCGCUUGGUGCACCGACGGUGCCCCGUCUGCCAUCACGGUGCCCGAAACGGAGCUUGUCGAGGUGCCCCUCGGUGUCGAUGUGCACAGCAUCGCAUCCGCGACCCUGCGCUGCAUCGUUGCAGCGUGGUCAGGCAGUCGAGCAAAGGUGGCUGCUGUCGGGAAAGGCUUGCCGUCGGACUUUCAGCCAUCGGAUCCGGAUCUCCAAGUGCUCAGCGUCAUCAAGAGCGCCGAUGCCUUUGGCGAGGUCAUGGACUUUGAGCCGGAUCUCGUGCUCUUCUUCGAGGACACGGGGCGUCUCGGUCUGCAGGAUUGUCGCCAGCUCUGUGGCCGCGUCGUCGAUUUCAUCACCAAAGAAGAGAACCCGUUCCGGAGCAUCUCGCUCCGAGACGCUGUGCAGCAGUCUUCGCUGCAGAGGUGUCCGGCCACGCCUCCGAUGAGCCAGGCGCCAGACAGUCCCUCGGACAAGGUCUAUCGGCACGGGUGGCAGGAGCGCACGCCGCUCUUUGAUGGCGAUGCCAGCUACCUGAUCGUGGGUGGAUGCUGCAGCAUGGGCCUCCGCCUGGCCCACUUCAUGUACACGCGGGGCGCACGGCACAUCGUCUGCACGUCUCGCGGCGGCGGCCACGCCUUUCUCCAGAGGGCGUCCACGUCGAAGAGGGACAAAUUCUACUUUGGCUGGCUCGAGCAGCGCAGCGAUCUUUGCUUCGAGACAUCUGCCAUGGAUGCAGCCGAUGAUGCCGCUACCCGUCAGCUCUGCGCCGACAAUGACUUCCAAGGCGCCUUCUUCCUCCCGCUCGCCCUUCUCGACAAACGCCUCAAGGAUCUCACCACGGCCGACUUUGAGCACGUCUACCGGCCCAAGGUGCGUGGGCUCGAGGUCCUCAUGCGCCACCUCGCCAAGGAGGCCUGGCUCAUUGCCACUUCGAGCCUCUCGUCGCUGCCCGGCAGCCAGGGCUCUGCAAACUACAGCGCGGCCAACACGUGGAUGGAGGACAUGGUCGCCAAACGGCCUCGCAGCGUGGCCAUGCUCGUGCCCAGCAUCACCGACGCUGGCACAUUUGCGCGCGCCACGGCCGAGGAAAAGAGCUUUUCGCGCUCGAGGGUCUGGGUCGACGCGGCCUGCUCCAUGGACGAGGUGCUGCUGGCCAUGGCCGACACGCUCAUGCUGCUCCAGGAUGGCGCGCCCAGUACCCUCUUUGUCGGGCGGCUCGAUCUCUCGCUGCUCCUCCGCUUCAAGGGCGCCACGCGGCACCUCUGCACCCACCUCAUGAACCAGCGCAUCCUCAACCCGCACCUGCAUGGCCGUCAGGAGAACGGCGUCUCGAUGCGGUCGCUCGUCGCCAUGCACCUGGACAUGGAGCCGGGCGAGGUGCGCGACGACGUCGCUCUCAAAGUCUACGGCCUCGACUCGCUCUCUGCUUCGCGGCUGUCGGCCGCCAUUCGCAAGCACUUUGCCGUCGACGUGAGCCAGCUCCAGCUCCUCAGCGAUGCCAACCUCGGCCGUCUCGAGGCACUCGCUGCCACUGCCGGAAAUCACCUUCCGUUGCAGAAUCGCGAAAGCCGCGAGCUGGAUGCCGACGAGUGCGUCGUCAGCCUCAACAAUGUCACCGACGGCCACGCUCUCUUCAUCCUCCACGGCGGCGGCAUUGGCAUUCGGCACUUUCGCCACUGGGCCCUCGGGCUGCCCUUUCCUGUCUUUGGCGUGCGCGAGACCCGACUCUCUGCCACGUUUUGCAGCGCAGACGAGAUUCUCCAAUACUAUGCCGACCAGAUCCGUAGGGUGCAGCCGCAGGGACCCUAUCGCCUAGCUGCCUUUUGCCUGGGCGCGCUCUGGGCGCCACGGCUCGUGGAGCUGCUCAAGGAGCAGGAGCAGACUGUCGAGUCGCUCAUCAUCAUCGACAACAGCCCCGCCUUGCUCCUUGUCCCGCCAUUCACGCGCGCGCUCGAGCGCAGCUUCCUCCGGUCCGACAAUCCGUUCGACUACAUCUUCGACGAUGUCCUGCGACAGGUCGAGGAAGACGCCGAGCCGGCCUUUGAGCCUGCGCUGCUCGCUCAGCUCCGCAGUGAAGAGGCCGUGCCCUGGGUGGCGUCCUUCUACCACGCAAUGGAUCGGCAGCUGCGAUUUGCCCUGCGCCUCCUCUACUCCCACGGCAUCACAGACCGGUCUCCGUUUUCAGCCGACGUGCUCGCUCAAUGGCUACGACGCGCGCUCACGCUUCCUUCUGGCCAGUCAAUUCCGAUUCUGUCCAUCUCGAUGACAAACGGCCUCCUCACCACGCGCGGCUAUCGCGAUCUCGACAUGGAACUCAAAAGCGACAUGGCCAUGUCGCUCGUCUCUGACAAUGUCACGGCUCUGUGCCUCGACGGGUCCCACUACGGCGCCUUUGGAAAUUCCGAGGCCGAAACGUCCGAUGCUUCCAAGCCGCUCAUAGAUGCCUGCAUUGGUCAUUUUGCCCCUCUUCAUUCUUAAUUCCCAUCUUCAUUGUAUAGUAGUAGUUUACUUCACUAGUCUGAUUCAGAGCAGAUAAUACGGACGACGGAAGACGGGUGCUCAAAUGGCAUGCUUUCGAG